AUGGGUAGCCCAAUAGCAAGCACAAUUGCACAACUAGUACUCGAAUACCUCGAGGAAGAACUAUUAGCCCAUUCAAACUACGACAUUACAAUCUUUAAAAGAUACGUCGAUGACUGCCUAAUAAUAACAUCUGAACAACAAGACCAAGAAAUCUUAGCACACCUUAUUGGAUUUCACAAUAAAAUACAAUUCACCAUAGAAAAGGAGAAAAACAAUUCAAUCAAUUUACUCGAUAUCACCAUUAUCAGGAAUAACAAUAAAUUGGAAACCAAAUUAUACAGGAAACCAACGAACACAGACAGGAUAUUGGAUUACAACUCAGCACACAGUGAGAGGCAAAAAAGGGCAAUUAUAACGAACUACAUAGACAGAGCAAUAAAGCUAACAUCACCAACAUAUAGACCAACAAUUCUAGAGGAAACAAUCACACUCCUAACGAAAAACAAUUACCCGAUAAAUAAGAUCAAAAGGAUAUUGAAACAGCGAACACAUAAAUUAUACAACACACUUGAUGCGACAACAAAGAAGGAACCGACAACAUACAUACCAAUACCAUAUAUUCCACAAUUAUCCGAAAAAAUCGAAAAUAUACUUCGACCGUACAGUAGCAUCAAAAUAGCACAUAGACCACACUUACAAAUAAAACAGGAAUAUUCUAGACUAAAAGCACCAACCCCCAAGGAGGAAUGUUCACACGUUGUAUAUAGGAUACCAUGUAAUGACUGUGCAGGCGUUUAUGUGGGACAAACACAACAGAAGUUAAAGGACAGACUGAAGGGACAUAAGUACUCAAAGGCGCCGACAGCCCUAUACAAACAUACCAUCGAAAACCAGCAUUCUUUUGACUUCGGGAAAACAGAAAUAUUGGACAAAGAAAAGAAUCGAAAACCAAGGGAAUUCCUCGAAAUGAUUCAUAUUAAACAAGAUGUCAAUUCCAUCAAUGACAGAACGGACAUAAGAAACCUGAGUUCCAUAUACUCGACAAUCAUUGACAACACCAAAAAGAAGAGAAGAACUUGA